AUGGAAAUGGAAUUGGAUGCUGUGAUUGUCGGUGCUGGAUUCUCAGGGAUCUACCUCCUCCACCGACUGAGAGAUCAAUUGAAUCUCAAUGUGAAAAUCAUCGACGCUGGCUCCGACGUGGGCGGAACAUGGCAUUGGAAUAAAUAUCCCGGCGCUCGAGUAGAUUGCCCAGCUCCUGUCUACAGUUUCAAUAUCGAGGAGGUGUGGAAGACUUGGAACUGGUCGGAAGUGUAUCCAGCACAGCAGGAACUGCAGGCAUAUUUCCAGCACGUCGAUCGUACGCUAUCCGUUAGCAAGGACUGCAUAUUCAACUCACGCGUCGUUUCAGCACAAUUUGACGCCUCGAAGUGGACCAUCAAAACAGACAAUGGACAGACAGUGCUGGCCAAAUAUUUCAUUCCUGCGGUCGGUUUCGCUUCGCAACAAUAUGUACCAUCCUGGAAGGGUAUCGAUUCUUUCCGGGGGACAAUCCACCACUCAUGCCAAUGGCCCGAGGAAGUGGAUGUACGAGGGAAGCGUGUCGCGAUCAUUGGCACCGGCUCAACAGGCGUGCAGAUUGUCCAGGAAUGGGCUAAGGAGGCCUCGGAAACAUUUGUCUUCCAAAGAACCCCAAAUCUUUGUCUGCCCAUGCAUCAAAAAAAGCUCGAUCCAAUCACCCAAGACAAGAUGCGGGCUGAGACGGCGGAGCUCUUUUCCCGCUGCUGGGAGACUGCAGGAGGCCUACCAUAUGAAGGAAGUUCUAAAUUGUUCGCUGAUUACUCACCCGAGGAAUGUGACAAGGCCUUGAAUCAGCUUUACGACGAAGGUGGCUUUCGACUUUGGGCUGGAGCAUAUAUGGAUCUGCUCUUGAAUCCGGAAGGAAAUCGAGUGGCUUACGACGUCUGGGCUAAGAGGACGCGUGAACGCAUCAAUGACCCCAUGAAAAGGGAUCUACUAGCUCCCCUCAAUCCACCGCAUCCUUUUGGCGCCAAGAGACCUUCCCUCGAGCAGGAUUACUUUGAACAAUUCAACAGCCCCAAUGUCCAUGUGAUCGAUACCAAUGCUCAUCCGAUUGUUGAGGUGACAUCUUGCGGUAUUGUAACAGCUGAUGGAAAUAUCCAUGAAGUUGAUGUCAUUGCAAUCGCCACUGGGUUCGAUGCGAGCACCGGUAGCCUGGGUAGCAUGGGCAUUUGCGACAUCGACGGGGUGGACCUCGGCAAACACUGGCGCAAGGGCGUCUCAACUUUCCUAGGACUUAUGGUCCCCGGGUUUCCUAAUAUGUUUUUGCCAUAUUCCGUUCAGGCACCGACUCCUUUCACAAAUGGGCCUGUUUUCAUAGAAUUCCAAGCAAACUUCAUCAGGGACAUGAUAAAGAAGAUGCAAUCGGACGGUAUUCAAGCAGUGGAACCUCACUCGGCCGCAGUGCAGGACUGGCAAGCCCAAAUGGAAACAAUCUCUAAGAUGACCUUGUUUUCUAAAGCGAAGUCGUGGUAUACUGGUGCCAAUAUUCCUGGAAAACCAGUGGAGCUGCUUUAUUACUACGGUGGAAUUCCUAGGUAUCGAGAUGCGUGUGGGGAUGCCAUCGGCCGCAAAUUCCAAGAAUCCUUCAGUUGCCAUAUUUAA